CAUUCAAAGCCACAUUUGAAACUUUAAAAAUUAUGGCGAUAAUUACGCCGUGUUUUAUUUGUAGUCUACAAUACAUAAAUAGGUUAGUAAGACCCUCUCGCAACUGGAGUUUCUGAAAAUAUUUCCAUAUAAGAUUACAAAUUACGAUUCUUUUUACUUAGCCUAAACGAUUGAAACGGGAGAAUUCAUGGAAAAGAUGGAAAACUGUUAGGCAACCUGCAAGACGUAAACUAUUGCAGUUAAGGAUAAUGGUGCUUGCCAUAGAAGAAAAGGACACGUAAAUUGACCGCUGGAGGUCUCGCUUUUGCUCUGAAUUCGGAAGAGAAGGAGAAUGUAUGUGGCAAACGAGGAAUGGGGAGGGAGAGAGAGCGCGCAGGGGGGGUUAGCAAUGAAACAACUGAUACGCUCAGAAUCGGUCUGAAGGGGAGAGACGGCGCUGCAUCAUAAUGCUUGUUCAGUCAUAAACGCGCGGAUAUUUUUUAACGGAUAGAUAAUUUAUUUGUGGAAGUGUUCAUGUUCGGGCAACGUCGUGGACGUAAAAGAUAAACAAUAUAUCCACUUCAGAUGAGAUAAUUCUAUUUAUCGCUGCCUUCGGGCACCGUGUCAGUUGCACCAAAAGUGGUGGACUUACGCCGGACGACGCCUUCGGAGCAUCGGGUGUGAAUUUAGUCCAACAAAAGCGAGAAAUCAGCCUGCACUAUGGCCACGGAGCAAGAAAAGAACAAACGCCGCUUGCAGGAGCUGGCCGAGAGACCCGGAAACUCGUCCUGCGUGGACUGCGGCGCUGCAGACCCAGACUGGGCGUCCUUCACGCUGGGCGUGUUCGUAUGCCAACGCUGCUCCGGAAUCCACCGGAACAUCCCCCAGAUCAGCCGCGUCAAGUCUGUGACGCUGGAUGCCUGGCAGACGGCGGAGGUGGAGUUCAUUGCCUCUACUGGAAACAACGCCGCCAAAGACAAGUAUGAACAGAAGAUCCCUCCAUUUUACUACCGGCCCACACACACGGACUGCCAGCUGCUGCGGGAGCAGUGGAUCCGGGCCAAGUACGAGAGGAAGGAGUUCGUGCACGUGGAGAAACAGGAACCGUACUCUGCAGGAUAUAGAGAGGGGUUUCUAUGGAAACGAGGGAGGGACAACGGACAGUUCCUGAGCCGAAAAUUCAUCCUGUCAGAGCGAGAGGGCGCACUGAAGUACUUCAACAAGCACGACGCCAGGGAGCCCAAGGCCAUCAUGAAGAUCCACACCAUAAACGCCACCUUCCAGACGGCCAAGAUUGGCCACCCCCACGGCCUGCAGAUCACGUAUCUGAAAGACAACAGCACCAGGAACAUCUUCGUCUACCACGAGGACGGGAAGGAAAUGGUGGACUGGUUCAACGGCAUCAGGGCAGCCCGGUUCCAUUACUUACAGGUGGCUUACCCUGGAGCCAGCGAUGCAGACUUGGUGACAAAACUAACGAGGGAUUACAUCAAGGAAGGCUACAUGGAGAAAACUGGCCCGAAGCAAACGGAAGGCUUCAAGAAGCGAUGGUUUACUCUGGAUGACAGGAGGCUAAUGUACUUCAAAGACCCUAUGGAUGCCUAUGCCAGGGGGGAGGUCUUUAUAGGGAGCAAAGAGAACAGCUACACUGUCCUGCUCGGCCUCCCACCCUCCACCCAGGGGAACCACUGGAAGUUUGGCAUCACCAUAGUAACCCCAGAGAGGAAGUUCCUGUUUACCUGUGAGACGGAGGAGGAGCAGAGGGACUGGAUGGGGGUCUUUCAGAGGGUGGUGAACAGACCCAUGCUACCCCAGGAGUAUGCGGUGGAAGCCCACUUCAAGCACAAACCCUGAGGGGCGGGGCUGAGGUCCUGUUUCGGGUGGGACAGGAGAAGCCAGGUGUUGUGCAUGACCUGAGCUGGACACACUGGAACCACACCUGGACUCAGGUGGACUGAGGGCAGUGAAAACAACCCCCCUCCCCUAAUCCUCACCCCGCCCCACCCUGCCCCACCCUGCCUUGGAAUGAAGAAUCAUCAUCAUCUUUUGUCCUUCGAUGGAGUGCCGUAACUGAGCUGGAAGCCCAGAAACGCCCGAAUCGAGCAUCUGUUACCCCUGCUGGUCCCCGGUAAACCCUGUCCUGCCCUCUGUCUCCAGAGUCUGUGCUAAUCUGCUUCUCUAAUGUACUGCUCUGGAAACCCGCCCCCCCCCCCCCCCACCCCCACCAACCUCGUCACUGAGAAGUAACCUUUACAUGAAUGUUGUCUUAACUUAUUUGUACUACACUGUUGUGAUGAAAUAACGUAUUGAUAAAAAAAAGAAGAAACAACAGAGGAAAGAAGUAAUAGGUAUCGCUGACUCUUAACCAAAACCACAGAUGCACUGUUUAUUUCAGUUGUGUUGACAUCAGAUUGAAGGCUGCUUGGACAUAGAUACUGUAUCUUGAAUUAAUCAAUGGGCAUACUCUUCUUUAAUGUGACAUGAUAAAUAUUUUAUGUCUCUGUGCAGUUUUAUUAUGUUCUGGAACAUUUCAGAGUGAACUACAGCAAAAAAUAAUUUUGUUUUGGUUCAACAGUUCAUACAUUUCGUGCGUAAAACAAUAACUCUGAAGUACUAGAUUCUACAAGCUCAAAGUAUUCUCACAUCGUUCCUCUUGAAUAGUAAAACUAUAGGUGGUUCACAGGGACGUCCUAUUUUAAAGGGUCCUCUGGCUUUUGUAGCUGUAGCUUUGAUGUGGUUGCAGUUGUACUUAUUGCAACAAAAUGAAGAAAUUAAUGUUUUGGUGUCUGAGAUGGUAAAAAGAGUCUCAGGCCUGUGGUUAUCUCUUAUGGGAAGUGAAGUCACUUAUUUCUCUCUCUUUCUCUCUCUCUCUCUCUCUCUCUUUCUCUAUCUAUCUCUUUCUUUUUUCUCUCUCUCUCUCACACACACACACACGAUCCAAUGCACCCUAUUUGAAAGACUUUAUAUUUCCAAUCUGUCGAUCAGCACCAGCCCAUCGUCAUGUUGCCUGCAGGCGUAUUAUUUUCAAAUUUCUCAGAGGAUCUGCGCUGACAGACAAGUAGACCACAGUUGAGUGGUUAGCUGCUUCCUGGUCUGUUGCCACGGUGAGGGAAGGAGAGUAAUGCAUGUGUUUCAACUGCAAAACCUCUCCCCAGCAUAAACGGUUGUGAACCAUGAGAAAACUGAACAGCCAUUUUAUGAUCUGUCCUCUCUGUUGUUUAUUUAUUUAUUUAUUUAUUGACACCUGUGAAAUAUUUUGGUUUUAUAAAAACUAAAAAAUUCAAGUGAACAAAAUGUGUGUUCUGGAAAGCAGGUGGUGCAGAAGGAGAGGGAAGUCUGCUAGCUUCAUCUACAAAUAAAAAAAAAACUAAAUCUAAUGUGA